AUGUCUGUCGAUAACGCUCAGUAUGAGAAAGUAGUCGCGACAUACGACAGUAUACUUGGGACUGCCGUGCGCCGAAGCGACACGUUGAACAUGCUACAUUGCAUCGGAUCGGUUGAAGGCAAGAGUGUCCUCGAUUUUUCAACAGGCACCGGCUAUUUCGCGCGGACACUGUCUAAGAUGGGAGCUAAGCAUGUUGUUGGAGUCGAUGUCAGUCAAGGCAUGUUGGACGCAGCCCGCAACGUGACAGAAAGAGAGCCUCAGAUUCCAGGAGGCGUUGCGAAAUACGAAUUGGGGGACGUUUUCAAGCCUCUGAAACUUCUCCACUGCCCUGAGGCAAGCCGCGACUUGAUCACUGGUGCGUGGUGCCUGAACUACGCAGGGGACCAGACCAUGAUGGACCAGGCCUGGCGGAACAUUGCCAGGUACCUCAAGCCGGGCGGGAGGUUCGUGGGCGUCAUCCCGAACGAUUACAUGCCAUGGCUCGGGGAUGAUGAGAGAUAUUUUGACUUCUCGUACAAGAGAAUUGACCAGGUCAAGGACGGGCAUGUCUGCAAGCUCACGUUGCACGCCAAGGAGCAGCCUGUCUCCUUCAAUGCGUACAUACUGGCCCAUUCGGUUUUUGAAACGGGCGCGAAAUCUGCUUGGCUGGUCGAUGUCGCUUUGACGGACCCUACUUUACUGCCAGAAUUUGAGGGCACUGAAGAAGAAGAAUUACUGGAACAGCUUCUUGGCUCGUCCCCUGUACAAAGUCAUGGCGGCGACAAAGCCUGGGCUGGAGUGAGCUGGCGAUCGACUGAUGGGCGCAGAGAAGCGCACAAUAUAUAG